GUCAUCACAGUUUGAGAGAAACUAAACUUUUUCUCAUGGAUUUAUUAAAAUGACUUUACCAAACCAUUCAUUUAUUUCAUAUCGUCUAAACCAUUUAAAGCAGCCUGAAGUGUAAACUUUGCCACCAGCUCACAGUCAGUCAGAGUGUUUUAGUUUCCACUGGAGACAGAUUCAGAGUUUUCGUCAGUGAUGCGCUCCUCAUUAAAACGAACCAAAGUCUGGAAACACGCAGCACGUCCGAACCAAGACCACCAACAAACACAUGAGGUGAUUGAGAUUUCCUCAGGGUCCGAGGGAUCCGAACCCGAAACUGCUUUUGACAAGAGUAAUUUAACUUCAAGGCAAAACAACAAGCAAAACUCCUCAAAUGAUGCUUCAAAUCGCAAUGGAGUUCUUGCACCUAUUUUCUUGAGGACAAAAAAGACUAAAGUUAAAAGUGUAAGUGCUUAUAGUCAACCUCAUAUUAUAGAAGUGGACUCUACUUCUUGCCAGGAGCCAGACAAAUUGCCCAUAUCAGGAUUGGACGUGUGUUUGAGAGAUGUCCAAGUUUCUAAUCCAGCAUUUCCAGUCAACAACUUCUUCAAUAUAUUGCACAAGAAACACUGCCAAGGUCGACAAUAUUUUACAUCCAGCGACAAAGUACAGGCCAACCAGGUUGACAGUGGCGAUGCACAUGAGAGAUCCAGUGCUGCAGAGGAAGACAAAACUACAAUAUUUUCCCCUUCUCACGUUCUUCAGGAUAUUACAAUGUUAACUCCUGAAAAGCAUCACAAAACUAACAGAUUAAGCCGAACUCGGAGACUCAAAUAUGGAAGUGGCAGAUUAGAGAACAUUAUUGAACAAGAAAAUAAAAGAACAAAAGAGCCCAAUUCAGACCAGCAGACCGACAAAACCUCAGCGGUUUUCCAAAGAGAACCAUUUAGUGAAGAUGUUCUUUGGACAGAUAAAUACUGUCCUUGCCAUUCCAGUGAAAUCAUUGGUAACGUGAAAGCAAUAGAAAAACUACACAGCUGGUUGAAAAAGUGGAAACUAAAAUCAGAUGUUGAGGAGAGGAAGAAAUUUAAGGAAAAACAAAGUAAUGACUCGUGGGACUGUGGGGACUUUGUGGAUGAGGUGGGGUCAGAAGACACACAAGAGGAGUUAUGCAACACCAUUCUCAUUUGUGGUCCUCCUGGUGUGGGCAAGACCGCAUCAGUGUACGCUUGUGCCAUGGAACUUGGGUUUAAGGUGUUUGAGGUGAACUGCUCCUCGCAACGCAGCGGAAGAGAAGUGUUGGCCCAGUUAAAAGAGGCGACUCAAUCUCAUCAAGUGGAGAUUUCUGGUAAAGACCCAUUAAAGCCAUCUUACUUCAACAGCUACAACGCAGUCCGGAGCUCACCCAAAUCUGACAUUUUACCUGCAGUAAAGAUGCCCAAAAAGGCAACCGUCUCCACUUCCAAAAAGAAGCCAGUACAGAUUAAGUCCAGUGGCAAGGAAAGCGAUAAACCCAUCACCUUGACUAGUUAUUUCAAAACAAAAGCAAAAGCAGAUCAUUUAUACCAUUAUGAGACAACAAUGUGUAAGAAAUCAACAACCAAAAAAGAACCACCAGAUUCUGCUGUUAACAAUGAUUCAACCAACAAGAAGGUGGCUACUUCUCUUAUUCUGUUUGAAGAGGUAGAUGUCAUUUUUGAGGAUGAUGUGGGAUUCCUUGCAGCCAUCAAGACCUUUAUGGCAACCACAAAAAGGCCUGUGGUCAUGACAACCAGCGAUCCUUUGUUCAGAGAGAGAUUCAACUCUUGCUUGAAUGAAAUUAUUUUUCAAACUCCAUCAGUGGGUGAUGUGUGUAGCUAUCUACGGCUGGUUUGUUUGGCAGAGAACGUACAUCUCGACCCAGAUGAUGUGAGGACUCUUUUCACUCUGACACAGGGAGAUGUGAGGCGCUGUCUCCUCCAGCUGCAGCUCUGGAGCACAGGUUAUAGAAGUCACAGAAUCAGUGAGGUAGAAAUUGGUUAUAAAGGCUGCAGUGAAACCAUGUUAGGUCUUCAGUCUGUCUCUGAAAAGAAUCUGCUACGGCUUUUACAACCUGCUUCAUGGACAGAGCAGCAGAUGAAAGAACUACUGAUACCCAUGACAGAAAGUUGGAGAAAUGGUUCCCCAAUACUUUACUCCAACUUAGAGCUCCUUCUACAUAAAGCGGACAAUAUGUGUUUCGGUCAAGAUGGUAAAAAGCCCCUUUGUGACACUCAACAAACUGAAACUUCUAGUCGAUGUUCAAAUAGAUCUGCUGCUAAAACAAAAUCUAGACUUUGCAGAAAGAAGAAUAUUCUGUCUACACAAAGAAGCUGCUCACCAACCAGGAUUUCUCAAAAACCACAAAGUUCCACUGAUAAAUUGGAAACAGCCAACAGCCUUUCUGCUUUGUCUGAUUUCUUUGACACCAUGUCUUUUAUCGACGCAACAGCUCCAAUGGCCCAAAUACUAGUGUCAGGUCCACGUAACCCGAAUGGAUUUGUUUGGACUGGGGCAAAGUUACAGGAUGGGCUACUGGAUGAGAUGAGAGAGGAAGAAGACAAAAAUCAAGAGACGCUGCUGGAUAUCAGAGCCGCUUUGGAGGCUUUGGGAUUUCACUGCUGCUGGAGGCAGGCAGACAUUUACGAAAUCCAGAGAUCAAGACGAGGAGAUGCAUCUAAAAACCUAAACAAUAUCACUCAGCAUCUGGAUCCACACAUUGCUUCUCAAAGGUUUGAUUUAAGCAAAAAAGUUCUCAGCAGUCGGUACUUCAGUUUGCUCCAGAAUAAAUACGCCGUUUGUGUUGACUACCUCCCCGUCGUACGCUUCAUCUGUCGCACUCACAGGAAACGAAAAAAGCACACAGAAGAGUUGGACAGGCGUGUUAAGGCCUUCAGAACUCAACUAGGAUUGUCAAAGAAUACGGUUAAACUCCUGGCAGGUGAUGUUUUUUAAGACAUAAAGGAAAAAUGGACACUGUACUACCUCAUCAAGCUACAUGAUAUUUUAACCAUGCAUUUAUCAAGUAGGAAAUAAGUAUUAGUCUUUUAUUUAUAAGUGCAAGAAUAAAGU